AUUAUCUAUGUUUGUCUAUACCUCCCACUUCCCGUUCUUCGAGAUUGUGCCUUGUGAAAUUGUGACUUAGUUUUUAGUAAUUUUUGGAAUUAUAAGUCUAAAACAAUGGCUGCUAUAAGUCUAUUAAACCCUAAAGCUGAGUUUGCGAGAGCAGCUCAAGCUUUAGCUGUAAAUAUGUCUGCCGCAAAGGGUAUUCAAGAUGUAAUGAAAACUAACCUCGGUCCUAAAGGUACCAUGAAAAUGUUGGUUUCUGGAGCUGGCGACAUAAAAAUCACAAAAGACGGCAAUGUAUUACUUCAUGAGAUGCAGAUUCAGCAUCCUACUGCCUCACUAAUAGCCCGUGCUUCUACUGCACAAGACGAUGCAACAGGUGAUGGCACCACAUCCACUGUUCUUCUGAUUGGAGAGUUGUUAAAGCAGGCUGAUAUUUAUAUUAGUGAAGGUUUGCAUCCAAGAAUUGUCACUGAAGGUUAUGAUGUGGCCCGCAUUAAGGCUCUUGAAAUACUAGAGACUAUGAAAGUUCCAAUUGAUAUUAAAAGAGAAAAUCUGCUUGAUGUUGCACGAACUUCAUUAAAGACUAAGGUUCAUCCAAGUCUAGCUGAUGUAUUAACAGCUGCUUGUGUUGAUGGUGUGCUAGCUAUACGCACCCCAGGCAAACCUGUUGAUCUACACAUGGUAGAGCUCAUGGAAAUGCAACACAAGACUGCAACUGAGACGUCACUUAUCAAAGGUUUAGUGAUGGAUCAUGGGGCGCGUCAUCCUGAUAUGCCGAAGCGUGUCGAAAAUGCCUAUAUAUUGACUUGCAAUGUUUCCCUUGAAUAUGAGAAGACAGAAGUUAACUCAGGUUUCUUCUAUAAAUCAGCUGAAGACCGCGAAAAACUUGUUGCAGCGGAAAGAGAUUUUAUUGACCAGCGGGUUAAGAAGAUAAUUGCUUUAAAGAAAAAGCUGUGUGAUGGCACCAAUAAGACAUUUGUGGUUAUAAACCAGAAGGGAAUUGAUCCUCUUUCACUUGAUGCUUUUGCUAAAGAGGGUAUGAUCGCUCUCCGUAGAGCCAAGAGACGUAAUAUGGAACGGUUGGCUUUAGCCUGUGGAGGAACUGCUAUGAAUUCUGUGGAUGAUCUGACUGAGGAGCUCCUUGGAUUUGCUGGAGUGGUUUAUGAACAUAUCCUUGGAGAGGAGAAAUAUACCUUUGUAGAGGAGUGCAAAAACCCUCAGUCAGUCACAAUCCUAAUUAAAGGCCCUAAUAAGUACACUUUAACACAAAUUAAAGAUGCAGUUCGCGAUGGCCUUAGAGCAAUCAACAAUGCAAUUGAGGAUAAGUGUGUUGUGCCUGGAGCAGGUGCUUUUGAGAUUAAAGCUAAUAUUGAACUGCAAAAGUACAAAGACUCUGUAAAGGGAAAGGCUCGCCUUGGUAUCCAAGCAUAUGCCGAAGCACUAUUAAUUAUUCCGAAAACUUUGGCAGUGAAUUCAGGGUAUGAUGCUCAAGAUACUAUUGUCAAACUUCAAGAGGAAUCACGACUAAGCCCUGAUCCUAUUGGUUUAGACCUUAGUACUGGGGAAGCAAUUAAACCAGCCGAUUUAGGUAUAUAUGACAACUAUAUUGUGAAGAAGCAGAUCAUAAACUCUUGUUCAGUUAUUGCCAGCAACCUCCUUCUUGUUGAUGAAAUCAUGAGAGCUGGAAUGUCUAGCCUUAAAGGCUAACUGUCAAAGUACCAGUGAACUGCUUAACCAUUAUAUUAUUAUCAUCUAAUUUACUUCUAAUAUGUUUUUCUUUUAGUUAACAAGAGCUACACUUUUAAUAUGUUGCAUAGGGCGAAAUAAAUGCUCCAUUUUAAUUAAUAACAACAACUAAUAAAUGCUUAAAAAUUA